AUGAGUGACGAUGACUGUUGCCAUGAGAGUUUUAUCACAGAGACUUCAGCUGAGAUGAGGGUUGCCUAUAUACUUCAAGUGAUCCUCAAUUCAGCGGUUUCCCUUCUACUGUUACGAGCUGUGCGAUCACGGCGUGAACGUCAUGUUCCGGCCCAUCCAAACUUCAAGGUAAGCAGUUACACCUUCCUCAUAAUAGUGACAUUUUAAAACUUAAGAUUCUAAUUGCUAAUGCCGCUGUUGCGACGUGGACGUUUACGACCUUUUCCGCCCUCACUUCCUCAAUUUUGCUCUUCAAUUCAUUUCGAGCAACCCCAGAAAACUGCGCGACUUUGAUGAGUAGAUCAACCUGUCUUCUUUUGCGAAUCCCAGGCUCGUUUCCCAUCCCAAUGUUCACAAGUGUCCAUAUGAUGUUGUUCAUCGAGAGAUGCGUGGCCUUUCUGAUGAAGAGCAGCUACGAAAAGCAAAUGAAAAUAAUGGGAGUGACAUUUACUGUAAUUGCAGUAAGUUGAAGUCUCUUUUGUAAUUGGCUAAAAAUAAGAUUUGUCCUAAUUGUGAAGGGAAAGCCAUUUUUCGCCGACUUCUUUAUAAACCAAUUUGGAGUAAUGAUUCAUUCUUGGUAUAAUAUUUAUACGCACUUUGGUAAUCUCCAAAUUUAAUCUUCUUUUCAGUGGACAUUCUGCUUUCCAUUUGAGUUUAUAAUGAUUGGAAAGGUUGAUCCCAAAGAAAAGGUGGCCCAUUGUGUGCUGUCCGCCAAAGAUGCGGUUCCAUUCUAUGUUCUAUUUCUGGAAAUCACAACUCUUGUAGACAUUGGCACUACAUUGGGAGAUCUUUUGUUACGCUGCCGAGCUCGAAGGAGUGUUCGAAAGACUCGUGAGAUUGCGUGAGUUUUGACAUUUACAUGCAUAUUAUAACUUUAUUAAUUGAACUGUUGGUCUUCAUACACAGCGUGUACGUAGCAUGGGCCCCCAUUCUAAAAUCGGCUAAUAAAUUACGUCGUGAGCCCAAAGAACACAGCCCAAAGAAUACUUUUUUUGAGAUGUAAAAGACGCACUAAUUUUCAGAAAUUUCGAAAACUACACGCUUUCAAAAGCGUAUCAACGAAAUGAGAAUCUUCGACUGAUGACAAUGAUGGUCCCCAUCUCAACAGUCUUUGCCGGGGGACACUUUGUUUUUGUCUACACUGCUCUACGCAUAAGGUCAUGGCUUCCAGUCUAUGCUAGAUUCCGACUGGGCGAUGAUCCAUCUCCAGAGGCGCUGGGAAGACUUGGGAUUGCGGUAUCUGAGCUGAAUAUGUCGGUGGGUGGAGCUAUGAUUUUUUAAACUGUUAACGCCCGCAAGCGACAAAUCAAUUCGCGAAAAUAUUAGUUUCCGCCUUAGUACACAGCGGUGAACAAAUUCGCGAAAAAUACAAAGAUUUAGAGGAAAUAAAGGCUUGUUUUUCCUAUGUAAACUACAGUUAUUGUUUCAGGUGUUCCUUUUGCUUUUAUUUACCGUAACGAGAAUGUAUAUUCUAAUGGGAGAGAAGUUAAUGAACGAGAAACAAGCGACAACCAACAGGCCCAAUCACGCCGUGACCUUUUCCUUAUUUGAAGAUCAAAUGAAUUCUCAUCUCAUGGCCAAACGACGGGAAUCAAGGCCAAUCUCAGUUCCUAAUAUGGGGAAAGUAUGA